GUUGAUAAAUGCUACCAAAUCGCCUGAAGGAUGGAAAAUACCAAAACCCGUGAAUAUAUCAUUUGAUAUUACAUUAAGUAAUGAUGAUAUAGUGAAAUUUGACCUGCCAAGUAAUGCAAUCUGCGAUAAUAGCAUAGGUUUAGGAAAAGGUUGUAUAGCUGUUGUGGAUGAUAGAUCUGGUCCAUUAAAUACGUGGAUAUUCGGAACUCCAUUUCUUCAAAACUUUUAUUUUGCGAUCGACCUCAAGCAAAACCUUAUAAAAUUUGCUAAUAGAAAUAAAUUUUGUCCCCCGCAAAAUUCUACGUUUACAACGCAAAAUUCUACGUUUACAACGCAAAAUUCUACGUUUAUAACGCAAAAUUCUACGUUUACAACGCAUAAUUCUACUUUUACAACGAAAAAUUCUAACGCUACAACGCAAUUUUCUAAGCUUACAACGCAAUUUUCUACGGCUACAACGCAAUUUUCUACGGCUACAACGAAAUUUUCUACGGCUACAACGCAACCUCCUAAGGUUACAACGCAAUCUCCUGAGGUUACAACGGAAUCUCCUGAGAGGACGCGUCGUGGAUUUGGUGAUAUUUUAGGUAACAUCGUUCGUGGUGAAGCUGGUGGUGCCAUGGCUGGUUCCUCUGGUCUUGGUCUUGGUCUUGGUAUUUUUGGUGGUAUGAUUAUUCCUGUCGAUGAAUUUACAUCACAACAAUUCACAACUCAGUCCAAUACUCAAAUAUUUACAACUCAAUUUAAUACUACUCAAAUAUUCACAACUCAAUUUAAUAUUACUCAAUCUACAAUUCAGCCUACACCAACUACUCCCAAUGCUGAAACU